AAAACAAAAAAUAGAAAACGUAAUCUCGUCUAAUCGCGGCGACGAUACGCCGGUGACAAUACCUGGCCGGGGAUUUCUUCGUACAUGAACCAGUGGUGAGUCUCCCUCUGUUUCGAGGGAUGCCUCACAGAACACGGCCAUUGAUGGGACUGUUGCUUUUCACAGGAGUAAACGCGAUUUUGGUGCAAACUAUUACUCCAGUUUAUGACUUUGUCUGCUUCUUGCCUUUCUGGGAGAGACGGAGAGAAGAAAUCCGGCAGGAGCGUCAAGCAGCUUCAUUCUCAAACGGCACAAACUCAACACAGAAAGCUGCUCAAUCAUCUGCUGGAUGAUUCUCUCCAGGUCAUUCGUUGUCUGUUUUUCAUCAGAACCACGAGGCAUUUCAAGUGAUAAGGAUUGAAGAUAACUCUCCUGUAAACAAAUAGUUUCAUCACUCAUCCAAAUAUUCCCAUGAUCUUCCCCAUUUCAUCACUCUCAACACUGAUAUGGUUAUCUCAACUCGACCCUUUUAUCUUUCAAUAAGGAUGUUAAGGGGAUCCAGAAUCGGUCAGUCCGUAUAGGACCGGCCCUAGCCAGACCAUACCGGUCAUAUAUACUAUUUUCACAA